UUUGGCUCAAAAUAUACGCGACAAUAGUAUACCUUGAAUUAUGUGACAACUCCGUAUCGUGGGGUUUUCGAAAUUUCUGUAGAACUCAAACCAAACCCCGAAUCAAGAAAAGUAGGAGGAGAGGAGAAGCGCAAGGAAGAAGAAGAUGAUAAAGGAGGAGAAAAUCACGCAUGACAUAAAAGACAGAGUUUCACAGAAACUGUCAAGAUUCUUUACUGCUACACCCUCUUCUCCAACGCCGGAUCAAGAAUCUGAGGCCAGGCCAUUUGCAGAACAUGCAAAGUCUCUGUCUUCUAUGGUGUCCCGACUCCCCUCAGCUAGUUUAGAUUGGUUGAGACAAAGUGCAAACUACAAUGGUGUCAAACCUAUUGGAUCACUUUCGUUGAAAUGGAGAAGUAAAAGUUUCUUGCGGAAAGAUAAACCCUUGUAUGGAUUUACAGAAUCUGGUCAUGAGCAUGAUGACCGAGCUAUGAUUAAGUCUCAUGAAGAAAAUGGAGAGCCUGACACUACAGAGAGCCCAAGUCAGAAUUACAAAUCAUCCAAUAGCCAUCAGGAAAGUCAAGAACCUGGCUCUGGGAGAAGCACUAGUAGCAUUGGCAAUAUAGCAUCUAUUCCACAUAGUUUUAGCCAGUCCAUGCCUUGCCUCCGCGAUGAAUCUCUUUUCAUUUCUCCAGAGUUAUAUCAGUUUCUGAAGCCAUCCCUUCCUAAUAUUGUGAAAGGUUGCCAAUGGGUAUUGUUGUACAGUUCAAUAAGACAUGGUAUAUCAUUACGCACGCUCAUCCGGCAGAGCGCUGAUCUUCCUGGUCCUUGUCUUUUGAUUACUGGUGAUAUGCAAGGUGCUGUAUUUGGUGGUUUGCUUGAUUGUCCCCUUAAGCCUACUGCAGUAUGGAAAUAUCAAGGAACAAAUCAAACUUUUGUUUUCACAACCAUAUGUGGUGAACCAAGACUAUUCAAAGCAACUGGUGCCAACAGAUACUUCUAUAUGUGCUUGAACAACUUGCUUGCUUUCGGAGGAGGUGCAAACUUUGCUUUAUGUUUGAAUGAAGACCUAUUAUCUGGGACCAGUGGACCGUCUGAAACAUUUGGCAACUCGUGUUUGGCUCAUGUUCAAGAGUUUGAAUUAAAGAAUGUAGAGCUUUGGGGUUUCGCACACGCUUCCCAGUACCAUACCUGAAGCAAGACUUCAUCUUUAGGAUUUAAUUUGCCAUAUGCUGAUAAUAUUGAUUGGUCCAAUUCUUUCAUUUUUCAUUGUUAGUGUGAAGUUUGAAGGUAGUGCCCUCUUUUCUUUAUAGAGGGGAAUCCAUCGUGUGUGUGUAGCGAUAUCGCUUCAAUUGAAUUGUAAAACUUAACCUUGGUAUUUAGUGUGUAAAAUACAGGAAAUUUGUCGUCAAAUUUAACUUAAGAUGCGAGAAAAGAAUGGU